GGGAGCUGAGGCGAGGGCUUCGACCACCACCAUCACACUGUGCUGUGCGCUCCGGACGACCCACCCCUCCCCGCCGCUAUGGGAAUCCACGGCCUGGCCAAGCUGAUCGCCGACGUGGCCCCGGGGGCCAUCCGGGAGAACGACAUCAAGAGCUACUUCGGGCGCAAGGUGGCCAUCGACGCGUCCAUGAGCAUCUACCAGUUCCUGAUCGCCGUGCGGCAGGGCGGGGACGUGCUGCAGAACGAGGAGGGGGAGACCACCAGCCACCUGAUGGGCAUGUUCUACCGCACCAUCCGCAUGGUGGAGAACGGCGUCAAGCCCGUGUACGUCUUCGACGGCAAGCCCCCGCAGCUCAAGUCGGGCGAGCUGGCCAGGCGGGGCGAGCGGCGCGCCGAGGCCGAGAAGCAGCUGCAGCGGGCCCAGGACGCCGGCGCCGAGGAGGACGUGGAGAAGUUCGCCAAGCGGCUGGUGAAGGUCACCAAGCAGCACAACGACGACUGCAAGCGGCUGCUCCGCCUCAUGGGCAUCCCCUACCUGGAGGCGCCCGGGGAGGCCGAGGCCAGCUGCGCCGCCUUGGUGAAGGCGGGCAAGGUCUACGCCGCGGCCACGGAGGACAUGGACUGCCUGACCUUCGGCAGCCCCGUGCUGAUGCGGCACCUGACGGCCAGCGAGGCCAAGAAGCUGCCCAUCCAGGAGUUCCACCUGAGCCGGGUUCUGCAGGAGCUGGGCCUGACCCAGGAGCAGUUCGUGGACCUGUGCAUCCUGCUGGGCAGCGACUACUGCGACAGCAUCCGGGGCAUCGGGCCCAAGCGGGCCGUGGACCUCAUCCGGCAGCACAAGAGCAUCGAGGAGAUCGUGCGCCGGCUGGACCCCAACAAGUAUCCCGUCCCCGACCACUGGCUGCACAAGGAGGCCCGGCGGCUGUUCCUGGAGCCCGAGGUGGUGGACCCGGAGACCGUGGAGCUGAAGUGGAGCGAGCCGGACGAGGACGGCCUGGUGCUCUUCAUGUGCGGGGAGAAGCAGUUCAACGAGGACCGCGUCCGCGGCGGCGUCCGGCGGCUGAGCAGGAGCCGGCGGGGCAGCACCCAGGGCCGCCUGGACGAUUUCUUCAAGGUGACGGGCUGCCUCACCUCGGCCAAGCGCAAGGAGCCGGAACCCAAGGGAUCCACCAAGAAGAAGCCCAAGACGGCCCCGGCUCCCGGGGGGAAGUUCCGGAAGGGGAAAUAAAGCCCUCGGAGCUCCAGAACUUGAGCCCUCCUCCCUCUCCCCCCCACGCAGCGCUAGGUGGUCCGGCCUCCCGUCAAGUUGUAGGAGAUCCCGGCCCCCAGGUCGGGUCAGGACGUCCCCCGGGCUGGCGGAGAAGGGAAGGCCCCGUUUAGGCCGCCGCUGUGGUUUAAGCUGAUCCAGGAUUUGGGGCGGGAGGGUCGCAAGUCUGUCUUUGGGAAAAGGGGAGGGAGCGCGAAUGGGAGGAGGGAGGGAGGGAGGGAGGGACUGAAUCCGCUGACCCGGGGCCACGAGGCCCAACUGGAACUCGUCCCCUUGACUUAGCGGACUCUCGGACGGCUCCGUAGUCCGAGGCACGCGGAUCGGCUUGUGGCUUGGAAAGCGCCGUAGGUGGCUUUUAGGCAUCCUCCCUUUCCAAGUGGGUGAUAGUGGUUGCCCAGUGGAAGGAGAGAGCUGAGAGAACGGGGGUGGGCUUGAUUAGUUUGGGCGGGAUUGAAUUCCCCAAGUCACUCUCGCGAUUGAUGGUCCGGGACAAGUUAAGGAUCGGAAUCCGGUCCGCUUCGUCCGGGGCUCCGCCGUUCAGGCGACGGAACCGUGAGGAAGCACGUUUCCCCCCAACGAGGUUGAAACGAGACACGGUCCGACCUUUUCCCCCGGCUUAGUUUUAACUGCUGUGUGUGGGUACGGGAAGCUACGGUCUCCCAGGCCUGUGCUAAGGAAAGGAUGCUUUUUAUUCCCCCCACCCCGCGUGUGGUGUGCUUCUUUGGAAAACCAAUAAAAUUUCAGAUUACCCAAA